UAUAUGUUUGGUCUUGUGACAAAAUAAUAACAGAGAUGGGGAAGUUGUGUGUUUUGGUUAGUUUGGCUGUUUUUGUGUUUGCAUUGACGUCUGCCAAGAGAUACCAACCUAACUGGGAAUCUUUAGAUGCUCGUCCACUGCCGGCAUGGUAUGACGAAGCAAAGAUUGGCAUAUUUCUGCACUGGGGAGUUUAUUCAGUGCCUGCGUUCGGUUCCGCUUGGUUCUGGUACUACCUUUAUCACGGGGUCCCGGCAUACGUAGAAUUUAUGAAGCAGAACUACAGACCUGGCUUUACAUAUCAGGACUUUGCUGCCGAUUUUCAUGCUUCAUUUUUCGAUCCUGACGAAUGGGCUGACAUUUUUCUGGCGUCAGGAGCUAGAUAUGUUGUGCUGGUUACUAAACACCAUGAAGGCUUUACAAUGUGGCCCUCAAAGUAUUCUUUCAACUGGAACGCUGGUGCUGUGGGUCCCAAACGAGAUCUACUGGGUGAUCUCCUUACAGCUGUCAGAGCGAAGGGCAUGCAUUUUGGUGUAUACCACUCGCUGUUCGAGUUCUUCAAUCCUUUGUACCUGGAGGACAAAGCCAAUAACUAUACCACCCGCAACUUCCCAACGACCAAGACAAUGCCAGAGUUAUAUGAGCUGGUCAACACUUACCAGCCUGAACUGAUCUGGUCGGACGGACCAAUGGAUGGCCCGGAAUCUUACUGGGGCACCUUGGACUUCCUUGCCUGGCUCUACAAUGACAGCCCAGUAAAGGAUUACGUGGUGGUUAACGACCGUUGGGGCAAUGACACAAUAUGUCACCAUGGAGGAUUCUGGGACUGUUCUGACAAAUACAACCCAGGGGUUCUUCAGCCUCAUAAGUGGGAGAGUGCUAUGACUGUUGACCGCCACAGCUGGACGCAUCGACGCAACAUCAACUUCGAGGAUGUUCUAUCCCUCAAUGAACUCCUUACUGUCAUGGCCAGGACAAUCAGCUGCGGAGGUAACCUACUGAUGAAUGUUGGUCCCUCCUCUGACGGCCGUAUCAUCCCCAUAUUUGAGGAGAGACUGAGGCAAUUUGGAAAAUGGAUGGCUGUGAACGGAGAGGCCAUUUAUUACUCUAAACCUUGGCACACACAGCAAGACAAUGCUACAAAGAGUGUCUGGUACACAUCCCAGAAGUUGAUAGCCACUACAGCAGUGUAUGCCAUUGUACUGGAAUGGCCCGGAAACAAUACUUUGAGUCUACAGGCCCCCAUCCCCACCCCCUCCACGACUGUUGAGCUGCUCGGCUACCCUGGAAAGUUCCUCAAGUACAUUCAGGGAGCCAUGGGUACCAUGGACAUCCUCUUGCCGAUCCUUAACCCAGUCGAUAUGCCCUCCACCGACGGCUGGGUCAUCAAGAUGAAGAAUCUCAAGAACCAGUAACUGGUGAUGUGAUCUGUAACUCAGUCUACAAAGAGUUUGAAUGUGAGUGUAUUAAGCAGAUUGAGGUUUGAGUGAACUACACAAGGCUUAAGUUUUGUUUUUCAAUUUGUAAAUCCCUUCGUGUUUCAAGAGAAAUCCCUGUCACCAUUUUUACAACGUCAGUGUGAUAACCUGGCAUAUCAAGUUUAUUAGAUUGAAGGGAGGUAGCCGUGUACAGUAGCGUAUAAUGGCCAUGGGUGAUAUUUUUGUACAAUGAUUAAACCCUGUAAUAUUACAUGUAUCAAAAUUAAAAAUAAUUCAACACUAUAAUUGGCAUAAGCAUGAUGAAGUGCACUAUGAGUGCUUCAUAAUUUUUCAAGAAAAAAGAAUUGCAUUUGGUUUCAGACUAUAGUUUUGGCCAUUUACAAAUCUGUGUCUACACAUCAAAAGCUAGCUUUUCAUAAAGUCUAUUGAAGUAUUUUUUAUAUGCAGCACAUGUGUAAAUAUUGUGAAAAAUGCACCAGAAUGGCCUAUGCUAAAAAAAAUGUGAGUAUUUCUGUUAUGGAGUAGGUGAUAUUUAAUAUAAGAUCGGUUUUAAGAAAAAAAUUCUAUCUGCAGGGAUUAAAUUUUGAGUUAAAAAUCAUUGUUUUGUCAUUUUUGUCAUUUUUUGAUGUGAUAACCAUGGUUCCCAAAUCUGAGGAAAACUUUUCCUGAAAAAAAAAAUCAUAUUUAAAAAAAAAAAAUGUAUUUAUAAUGUAGUUUAUAUAUAUAUGUAUAUAUGUAGGAGUGUUGUGCAAGAUACAUCCACUUUUCAUGUUUAUCUGAGACAUGCCCUUUACUCUCAAGGAUUAGGCAAUAUCUACUGUACACUGCUACUUGAAUGAGUUGUUUUAUGUCUGUUUCACAACUGAGUUCAUGAAGAAAACCAUGUUGCAGUCAUGCAGACAUCAAACUCUCAUUAAUUUUGCGUGAAGAAAAUUUACUUCUUAUAUCCCUUUUGGUUCACUUUAAAGAUUUUAUACUGUAAAGUCUAAACCAGUCAAAGCUUUGUGUUGGCAAAUACUGCCAAUUUGUUGUGUUGAUAAAUAAAUGUUAAGUCAUAUUUUCAAAAAAUAUCUUUUCAAAUUUUUGACCGACCAUCAUCAAUUUAUUUAGGUCAGCUAUAUUGUUACAAUUACUCGUAAUGCCUGUAAAUUUAGAAAAAAACUUCUUAGGAAUUUAAUGCCAUUAUUUUGGUGUUGGAAGUUAUGUUGAUAUUAUUUUCAUAUAUAUAUAUUUUUCAAAAUCUCAUUUUUGGUCUGCUGAAAAAGUUAAAAAAAAUUAACUAAAAAUGAUAUCAUAGAAUUGUUUCAUUAAUGUUUUAAAAUGAGAUUAAUAUCUAUUUGGAAGAAAGAGCAUAAUAAAAAUGUUAUGUGUACAUAUUGUACAUAUAAAGUAUAUUUUAUAGACAGUUGCCUAAAUGAUGAAAUUCCUCUGAUUUUGAAAGUCCCAAUGAUAACAACACUGCUUAUAUAUUGUGAUAGCUAUAAACAGAUAGCAAGUGUGCCUUGAUAAAGAUAGCAAUGUAGUUUUUAGUCAUUACUUAAACUUUAUAUGUUAUGAUUUGUAAAUUCUACUGAUAAAAUGAUGACAAAUCAGUAUGUUUGCACAUUCCAUUACUAUUUGCUCAGCGUUUCACGAGAGAGUAUGUUGUACAUAUUUUUUUGUUUAUCAGAAACCGUUGAUUUUAAGAUAAUUGUUAUCUUAUUUCAAUAUUUGCUCACAAUUUUGUAUAUUGAUACUGCUUUCACUGUCGAACUUGUAUGAGGCAUAAUAACAUUACUGUUUAAGUUUGCAUGGCUUACUUAAAUGCCGCAGGACCCUGUUCAAUCCCCUUAUUGUUCUAUGAUAUUAAAGAUAACAUGUAUUUUCACUUAGUAUUCAGUUUCAUGGUAAAACUUUCAGCGAAUAAUUAAUUAAGGUAAGCAAUGAAUAAAAUAGAUAGAUAGAUAUCAAGCAAAUUAAAACAUCUUAACCAUUCCUAACAAUUUCACCUUUUUUACCCUUUUAAAUAUUAAAAAAAUGAAUCUUUCAUAAAAUAAUACCUCAUGAGACCAAUUAAUGUUUUUGUUAUAGAUGCUCAGCCUACUUAGUAACAAGUUUAAUUAUUCAUGUUCUGCAAUUCAAGAAUUCAGAGCUGGCUAAAAGGAUGAGAUUUUUAAAAUCAUUUUCCUGCAGCUGAAGAUUGGUCCUUAACAUGUAUUGCGUGCCCUAGUUGCCAUAGUUGAGAGAUCUGUCGUUGUUUUUUUUUGCUGGAUUCUUUUAUAGGAAGCUUGUUGGUGUGUAUAUUGCAUUUGUUUAAUCAUAGAUCUGACUCCUAGAAUUUGUUUUGAUACGCAAAAUCAUGUGUACUUGUUCAAUACAAAAAAAAAAUAUACCACAUUGUCGACAAUCUCCACAGCAACAGGACCUUCGGAAACAUCGAAACUAUCACUAGAACACACACAAUCCGACAGGAACAUAAACAAAAUGAUCUGUAAAUUUAGAAAUCUUACCAAAUUUAAAAAAAAAAUGUUUUCAAUACGUACAUGUAUGCAUGAGCAUCAAAUGAAGCUUUUAUAAUGUUAAGAUGAAUGUUUCAUCACUUAAAAGGAAUUCUUUAAACGUAAUGUAUGUCAAUCAAUUUUUGGACUCAAUCAUUUAUGUCCUAGGCCUCAUUUUCAUCAAAACGAUCUCAUGCUGAAACGCAGAUUUGGUGAUCAAGACGCAUCUCUUGUUUAAGUGAUAAAUGAUUGAAAUUUCAAUUUUUUUCGAUGAUUUGGAGGAGUUUUGAAAGACUUCAAGGCAAAUAGCAUUUUCUAUGCCAACACUUGACUUUCUGACUGUUUUGCAUGAUUUCCUGCAAGUUAAAAUAACGUUUGUUUGAGCAUAGAAUUUAUGCUUGGUUAUGAGAAAGGUUUCAUGAAUUUAGGCCCCCGACUCGUACUUUUUCUGUGGGAUUCCCCACCUGUUGAAAGACCCACUGUAUCUCUUAGUCAUAGUAUUCAUCAACAUUUUGAGAGAAAGAAUGCUCUGGAUUAGCCUAAAAAUUCUACAAAAGUCACUGUAUAUGAUUGAUUCUGUAGAUAAAAAGAUCAAUUGUACCAUAGUACAUAUUUUGUACCUAGAAAACAUAUGUUGAUAACCUACUGUACUGUAUAUGAAUGAACGUUAUUGUACGUCGUGCAUGUAUAUGUUAUCAUAUGUUGAACGCAAAAACCUUUAUUCAACCUUUGUCAUUGAUGAUCUUUUUAUGUCAUUGUAAGACAAUACAAGGUAAUAGUUAAAACAUGUGUUAGAACAUGUUUAAUUAAGGCGAUAUUUUCUACCAAAACAUUGUUAUUUUUUAAGGAAAAACUGUGACAAAAAACUAUUAUAUUUUGGUAUAAUUAGUAAUUAACUGAUAACAAUGUUUUACAAUUACAUUUGUCAGUACUCCAUGUGUUUCUUUUGAGGAUGACCGAACUAAACAGACGUUCUUGUAGAUUCACAUAUUAUCCUACAUGUAUAUAUCUAGGUAGGUAAUUGUUUUACCAAUUAUUAUGGCCCAUAUAACAAAUUCCAGUUUAUUUAUUGUUCUUGCCUUUUCUUGUAAUACAAUAAGAAUCUCAAGAGUCAUCUCUGUGCUACUGAAGUUUAUUUAAUAAAUGUGUAAUUCGAUUGCUUUCAAAAUCCAUGGUGAAACAAUAUUAAAGGUAGCAGCUGUUAAAACAUGCCUUAACACUCGCUAUAUGUAAAGGAUUUUACAUCAAUUUCAAUAUCAAAUUUGAUUUAUGAAAGACUAUUUAAGACUUUUCGAUUGUAAAAAUGAUACAUGUUUUGACAAUUAAAUCUGACUGUUAUUUUUACAUUCUUAAAAGGUUAUCAACACAGAAGAAGGCAGUAAGGGCCAGUAAACGGCCGAGUAAAGGAAAUGAUAUCAAACACACACAAUUUUAUAAAAAGAAAAACGUCAUCUUGAAAAGUAUGCAUGGCUAUGGCAUGGUUAGUCAUAUAUGUUCAAACAGACUAAAAGUUUUGAGGAAGUUAAGAUUUGCAGAGAUAAUCUGCAGAGAUAUUUACUGUUUCUAAAAGAGAUUGAAGAUUUGUUGUCUUAUAUAAGAAAAAUCCUUGUUCAAAUGCAAACGAAUGGAACAUCCUGUUUCACAUAACAAAGAUAUGUUGCAAAUAUUUGUUAAACAUGAUUUUCUCAGGUUAGUUUGAAGUCUAAACAUCGACAUUUUGACUCCAAACUCUAUUCUUUUGUGACGUCAUGGUCGGUUAGAAGUCGGUGAUGCCAUGAAGUUAUUCUAUACUAGUGGUGUCGUAACAAUUGAAACAAUGGGCACCUACAGCCAAGCCAAUCACAACACUGCUAGAUGCUACUAAUUAUAAAUGUGUGUUCAUAACACGAUUUAUGGAACAGGUAUGACAACACUAAUAAUUGUGUAGUUAUUUGAUAAAUAUAUUUAUUUGAAAAUCUUGUGAUACAGUGUUUGGUGUUUGGUAGUUCGCUUGUAGCUGAUGACCUAUAUAUGAACUUUGAAUCAGAUUUCUUAAUCGUUCUGGUCAAGUCAUUGACAUUCAUAUUGUUUACGUUAUUUUUUUUAUUAAUUCAUAUUAUAUAAAUUUAAGUGUUGUGGUGUAAUAUUUUUCCAUUUUAAUAUAACCACUUGUGCUAUAUAUAUACAUGUACUUUGACAUUCCUUUUUAUAUAGAAAACGAUUCUGUUAUGGUGUGUAUUCCUUUUGAAUUGCAUUUUUUCAAUGUCGAAUUCAGUUUUCCUAAUAAAAAGAAGAAAAAUGCAGUAUACAGGUCGAUUUAGAAAAGCUUUACACAGGAGUGAAAAAUAAGUGUUUCUUUACAUAGAUCUGAAUUGAUCAUGUGAAUUUAAAUUGAUUCAUUAUAGUUAAUUUCAAUAUACAUACCGUACGUAUAUAAAUGUUAAAAAAAGCCAUAUGGACACGUCUUGGUUCUGUAAAAAGAAAUCGAUCUCCUGUAAAUUAUUGAGUGUAAUUUAUUUUUACGCAAUUUGUAACAAGUACAAAUGUAACACAGGGACUAAUAAAGGAACAUGAUAUGAACAUC